AGCUUUGUUAACGGACCCCCGACCCACCCAAGACCCAACCUUCUCUCCCUACUUUAUCUUCUUCUCAAUUUCAUUUGCCAUUUACUCCUUCGUCGUGCCCAAAUUUUUUAGGGUUUAAGCGGCUCAGGAUUUCACUUCUCAACCUGAGCAGGAACAGAUGGCAUCAACAACAGCUCAGAUUCACCCUCUUGGAGGCAAACCUUUUGCUUCAACUAUCAAGUUCCCCAAAACAGUCUUAUUCGGCCAAGGUUUAAGGAAUUCUGUUUCCUUUUCACAACAAAUAUUAUUUGCAAAACUUAACAGGAGUAGAAGAAAUCGUAGCAAUGGUCCUCUUAGAGUCGUCGCUGAGAAAGUUGUGGGAAUCGAUCUCGGAACUACCAACUCUGCUGUUGGUGCUAUGGAAGGUGGGAAGCCUGUCAUCGUUACCAACGCCGAGGGGCAGAGGACGACGCCAUCGGUUGUGGCGUACACGAAGAACGGAGAUAGGUUGGUUGGACAGAUUGCUAAGAGGCAGGCCGUUGUGAAUCCUGAAAACACCUUCUUCUCAGUGAAGAGAUUUAUCGGGAGGAAGAUGUCGGAGGUGGACGAGGAGUCUAAGCAGAUUUCGUAUACGGUGGUGCGUGACGAGAACGGAAACGUUAAGCUUGAUUGUCCUGCUAUUGGAAAACAGUUUGCUGCAGAAGAAAUUUCAGCACAGGUAUUGAGAAAGCUUGUGGACGAUGCUUCAAAAUUUCUGAAUGAUAAGGUCACAAAAGCUGUUGUAACAGUUCCUGCUUAUUUCAAUGAUUCCCAAAGAACAGCAACAAAAGAUGCAGGUCGCAUUGCUGGCCUUGAAGUUCUUCGUAUUAUCAAUGAGCCUACAGCUGCAUCACUAGCUUAUGGUUUUGAAAGGAAAAACAAUGAAACCAUAUUAGUGUUUGACCUUGGAGGUGGUACUUUCGAUGUUUCAGUUCUUGAGGUUGGUGAUGGAGUUUUUGAGGUGCUUUCUACUUCUGGAGACACACAUCUUGGUGGUGAUGAUUUUGAUAAGAGAAUAGUUGAUUGGCUUGCUGCAAGCUUCAAGAAAGAUGAAGGCAUAGAUCUACUAAAGGACAAGCAAGCCCUGCAGCGUUUGACUGAGACAGCUGAAAAGGCUAAGAUGGAACUUUCAACUUUGACACAGGCAAAUAUCAGCUUGCCUUUCAUUACAGCCACAGCUGAUGGCCCUAAACACAUUGAUACCACUCUUACAAGAGCAAAGUUUGAAGAACUAUGCUCAGAUCUACUGGAUAGGCUUAAAACUCCAGUUGAAAAUUCAUUGAGAGAUGCAAAGCUAUCUUUCAAGGAUCUUGAUGAAGUCAUACUUGUUGGUGGCUCAACACGAAUUCCAUCUGUCCAAGAAGUCGUUAAGAGCUUAACUGGAAAAGAACCAAAUGUUACUGUCAAUCCUGAUGAAGUUGUUGCCUUGGGAGCUGCAGUUCAGGCUGGUGUUUUGGCGGGAGAUGUGAGUGAUAUUGUGCUACUUGAUGUGACACCACUAUCGAUUGGAUUAGAGACCCUUGGUGGUGUGAUGACAAAGAUCAUACCAAGAAACACAACUCUCCCGAGUUCAAAAUCAGAGGUGUUCUCAACAGCUGCUGAUGGCCAAACAAGUGUUGAAAUCAAUGUUCUUCAAGGCGAGAGAGAAUUCGUUAGAGACAACAAGUCUCUUGGAAGCUUCCGGUUGGAUGGAAUUCCUCCUGCUCCACGUGGGGUCCCACAAAUUGAAGUCAAGUUUGACAUUGAUGCAAAUGGUAUUUUGUCUGUCACUGCAAUCGAAAAAGGCACAGGAAAGAAGCAAGAUAUCACCAUUACUGGUGCUAGCACACUCCCUGAUGAUGAGGUAAAAAGAAUGGUGAAUGAAGCUGAGAAGUUUGCGAAAGAAGACAAGGAAAAAAGAGAAGCCAUAGAUACAAAGAACCAAGCUGAUUCAGUGGUUUACCAGACAGAGAAACAGCUGAAAGAAUUGGGAGAGAAGGUUCCUGCUCCAGUGAAAGAGAAGGUGGAGGAGAAGCUUGGGCUGCUGAAGGAGGCCAUUUCGGGUGGGUCAACACAGACCAUAAAAGAUGCCAUGGCUGCCCUAAACCAAGAAGUUAUGCAGCUCGGGCAGUCACUUUACAACCAGCCUGGUGCAGGUGCACCAGGGCCUGGUGACGCCCCAGGUUCUGAGGGUUCAGAAGCAUCGGGUAAGGGUCCUACUUCUGCUUCUGAAGGAGAUGUUAUUGAUGCAGAUUUCACUGACAGCAAGUGAAGUGAGUCAUGUGAUUGAUUUUUGAUUGUUAAAAGUUGUGUAUAAGGGAUUUUCUAUUUUUGGAUCUACGAUGAUUAUGGUGUUUUAGAGUUGAAAAGAGAUAGAGAAAGAAUUGAAAUUUUCCUUGCUAUAUCUAUACGUAGAAGGAAGUAUAAUAAGUGUUGGCAUAUUGAAUUUUUGAGAAUGGAGC